GGCAGCACUGUCAAGCCGGGGGACACUGGUGCUGGAGGCGGCACUGAGGAGCGCACUGCUGGCAUUGGAACGGGCGCUGGCCGAACAGCAGCGGCAGCGGGGUGCCUGCGGGCUCUGUCCCCCCUGCCUCUUCCCCCCCUGCGCCAACCUCACCCGCCGCUGUUCACUGCCAGCCAUGCUCCCCACCGUGCCCCCUGGCUGCCAGGCCCUGCUGGAUGCCCAGGCACUCCCCGAGCUGCCCCAGCGCAACUGGGCAUUGAGCCAGGCCUGUGCCCCCUACCAGCGCCUGUGCCCACCCGAGGGGGCCCCACAUGCCUGCGCCCAGCUCAGCACCCGUCUCUGCCACUACCGCCUCCAGGAGUGCCGGAUGGCAGCCUCAGGCCCUGACGCACAAGAAGAGGUGGCAAUGCCAGGGAGCUGCGGGCAUCGUGGGGUCCCCCAGGCCAACAUGACGGCUCCCCAAGGACGGAUCAUGGGCGGCAGCGUGGCCCUCCUGGGGUCCUGGCCCUGGCUGGUGUCAGUGCGGCUCCAUGGGGAGCUGAUGUGUGGAGGGGUGCUUGUGGGGCUCUCUUGGGUCCUCACUGCAGCCCACUGCUUUGCUGGGAACCAGAAUGAGUUGGCAUGGACAGUGGUGGUAGGUGACCAUGAGCUGGGCAAGCACGGAGCAGGCAAGCAAGUGGUGCCUGUGCGGCGCAUCCUGCCACACCCCAAGUUUAACCCCAAGACGUUUCAUGGGGACCUGGCGCUGCUGGAGCUGGCUGUGCCACUGGCCCCAUCACCCACUGUCAGCCCUGUGUGCCUUCCCAGCAGCCCUGCAGAGCCCAGCCCGGGCACUGCCUGCUACAUUGCUGGCUGGGGCUCCCUCUAUGAAGAGGGACCAGCAGCCAACGUGGUCAUGGAAGCACAGGUGCCCCUGCUCAGUCAAGAGACGUGCCGGGGUGCUCUGGGCAAGGACCUGAUCACCAGCACCAUGUUCUGUGCUGGGUACUUGUCCGGGGGCAUCGAUACCUGUCAGGGUGACUCGGGGGGCCCACUGGCAUGCCAGGACCCCUCCUCACAUCGCUUUGUCCUUUAUGGUAUCACGUCGUGGGGCGAUGGCUGUGGUGAGCAGGGCAAACCGGGUGUCUACACCCGCGUCACUGCCUUCACAGACUGGCUCAGACUCCAGAUGGACCCUGCACCUGGCAGCCUGGAACCGAGCUGCUUUGACCUGCUGGCAGUGUCCCAGCUGCCCCCCGAGCAGCAGCCACCGGAGCGGGCUCGCCUCUGUGCCUUCUACACCGGGUCCUGCCGGGCCCUGCAAGGCCACGCUGCCUGUGCCCGGCUGGCCGAGGAGACCUGCCGUGCCAGGACCAGACGAUGUGAGUUGCACUCGUACGCCCAGACCUUGGUGGAUCUUCUGCGCAGGGCUGGGGACUUCAUCCGAAACCAGCUGGAUUUCUCCUUCCUCACCCAUGCUCUGCCACAGAUCCUGGGCAAGAUCUAUGGGCAUCUGUUCCCCCACCGUGGCCGCAGGGAUGCCCCAGGCCCAGCUGUGGCAGAGGGCCAGCCAAGCCCCAUAGCAGAGGGACUCCGGAGACACCCCACCAGACAGGGAGCUGGGCGGCCCCCCCUCUUUGCAGGGCUCUUUGGUGCUGUGGGACCCCGGCUGCAGGACUGGGUGGAGGUGCUGAGGGCCAUGGAGGGGGGCAGCCCCCUGGCACCCAUCCCAGAUGCAGGGCAGCUCCCCAGGGAGACAUGGCUCUUCCUGCAGAAAGGUGAGGAGGUGGAGGAGCUGGUGGGACAGGGACGAGCUUUUCUUGCCCAGCUACGGGCAGAACUGAACCUUGACACCUCCCUUGGAGCUAUGGAGCUGCAACAAGCACCUGGAGAGCUGGCAGGGACCUCCAUACCAAGCUGGUCUGCACUGAGGGAGAAACGUGAGCUGGUGCCCCUGGAGCUGCCAGGGGUGGAGGAGGAGGCAGGUGUGGGCAGAGCCUGCCCUGGCCUCAACGAGUCAGCGGUGCGGGUGGGUGCUGUGCGGGAGCUGUACGCCUGGGUGCUGCGGGUGCCCGAGCCAGACCUGGCCAUGACUUUUCAGGAGAUCCUGGUGGACUUGGGCUCCAAAAACGCCAAGGGACUGUACCGGGCACAGGUGCGGGCCACAGUGGGGGGCCGCCCCACAGCAUUCACUGGCCUUGUGGGGCUGGAAAGUGACUCGCUAGCCCGCAGCAUGCCCGGCCUCGUUGCUCUGGCACUUGAGGCGCUGAAAACCUAAUGGUGUCCCUGGUGCACCAUGCCAGCGUGGGGACAGGGUGCUGGGGCAGGGGUCUCCAAUGUCCUUCAAACACAGCCCACUCUCCAGCUCAGGCUCUUCCAUCCUUUUUUCCCACACUGUGCCUCAGUUUCCCUCUUCCCACCAGCACUGCCAGAUCUACCCAGGGCCAUGGGGCACCAAGGAGCGCCUGGCCCUCACCUCCCCUGGGACCCUCAUCUUGGAAAGCCCAUCCCAUUUUCCCCCAUAGGCACCUGAGCUGUUAUU